AUGAAUAGUUACGAAGAAUUUCGAGAUGUCCUUCGAACGGAACGUGAAAAUUUAGAUAAUUUGUCUGAUUUUUGGCAUACAAAAGUAAAUUCUGAUAAAAAUAUAUCAAGAGAUACACAAGGUCGUAUAAGGUCCGUUGUCGGUAAAACUCGUUUGUUAUUAUCUGAAAAAUUUAAGCAAUUUGAAGGUUUAAUUGAUCAAUCGGAAAAUAAAACAUCGGAAAAAGAAAUAACAUUAAACGAUCUUCAAGGUUUUUGGGAACUCAUACUCAUACAAGUAAAUGAAAUUAAAUCAAUUUAUCGAGAUUUGGAAAAUAAAAAACCAAGAAGAGUAAGUAAAUAA